UUGUGGGAGGUUGCAUAUUUACACAGGAGGAGGGGGGCGUCAGGUGAAGAAACUCUCAGUGUUUGCUGUGCUUUGUGUAGGAGAAUGUGAUCUGCUGCAGAGUCCAGAGCUCAGACUCCACCACCCAGGACACCAUGAUCUGUAUACUGCUGGUAGCAGGACAUGGCACCCUGCUGGAGAGCCACAUCAAGAAUGAUCAGAGUGGGCUGUAUAGUAUUCUGGAGGACGUUCCCAAGGCUCUGCUGCCCGGUGUGGGGGGGAAGAAGAUACUGGACUUCUGGUGGAAAGCUGUGAACACGAGACAGCUCUUCAGUGAAGUUUAUCUGGUGACAAAUGCAGACAAAUAUAAACACUAUGAGCGAUGGGCAACGGCCAAUGAAUUCCCCGUGGACAAUAUCAUUAAUGAUGGGACGACCACCUAUGACACCAGACUUGGAGCAGUUGCUGACUUGGAGCUUGCAAUAUCCAGCAAGAAGCUGAAUGAUGAUAUCAUGGUGAUUGCUGCUGACAUGUUAUGUGCUGACCAGAACUUUGACAUGGCUCAAGUGCUUAAAUUUUUCAGGCUGAAGGCUGGUGAACUGGCAAUUUAUUAUGAGAUGGAAGAAGGUGAAAGUCCAUCUUCACGUGGAAUAGUGGAAGUGUGUCCAGACAGCCACCGAAUUAAACGUUUUUUUGAAAAGCCUCCAAAAGGAGAAACCAGCUCGAGAAUGGCCAGUGUGGUCUUCUACUGCUUCCAGAAAAAGACACUGCCUACCCUCCAGGAUUUUCUUAACAGCUUCCCCAAGACAGAAGACAGAGUCCUGGGCAGAUAUAUGGAAUGGCUGAUAAACUGUGCAGCAGUCCCUGUGUACGGGAUGAAACUGCCCACCGGCUUUCAACUUAUUGGACAAGUGGGAUUGCCAGAUUACACAAAAUGGCUGGCUCACUACUCUGCAGUAAAAAGUCAGCCACGGGUCAAGGCGAUCACUUGCAGAGCAUAUGCCAGAAUUGGAAUUAUUGGAAACCCUUCAGAUGGAUAUUAUGGGAAGACCAUUUCUAUGACCAUCUCCAACUUUUGGGCUGAGGUCACGAUCUCCGAAAGCAAGAAACUGGUUUUGGUCCCUCAUCCUUUAAAUGAUCCAAAAGAGUUCGGCAGUUUGCGGGAUCUACAUUACAUCAGCAGGAAAGAGGGAUACCUAGGAGGGCUGAGACUUCUACAAGCCACCUGCAAGAAGUUCUAUCAGUUUUGCUCUGAGAAGGGCAGUGCACUGUCAAAACAGAACUUUACCUUGAAAUAUAAUGUAAAUAUUCCGCGCCAUGUGGGAUUAGCAGGAAGCAGCGCCAUUGUAUCAGCGACUCUGAAAUGCCUCAUGAAAUUCUACAAUCUAACAGACGACGAUCUCCCAAAGUCAAUCCGACCAAAUUUCAUUCUUGACGUUGAGAAAGAAGAACUAUUUAUAACAGCCGGACUUCAGGAUCGUGUAGUUCAGGUCUAUGAAGGUCUUAUCUAUAUGGACUUCAGCAAAUCCAUCAUGGAGGAGCAGGGUUAUGGAAAUUAUGUUCACAUGGACAUCAGCCGUGCACCACCCUUCUGGCUUGCAUAUCUGCGGGAUCCAAGUGACUCUGGUGUAAUACAUAAUAAUGUUCGACAACGUUGGUUGAAUGGUGACCCUGAGGUUAUUGAGGCCAUGACAAUAUUUGCUGAGCUGACAGAUCAGGCAAAGACGGCCAUAGAGGAGAAGGACUGGGAUGAGCUGGCAGAAUUAAUGAACAGGAAUCUAUUACUGAGGAGAUCAAUCUUCACUGAUGCAUGCCUGGGUCCAGGAAACCUAAAGAUGAUAGAAAUCGCUCAACAGCACGGGUGCACCGUGAAGUUACCAGGGAGCGGAGGCGCAGUGAUCGGUUUGUGCAGUGACCCUAAAAAACUGGUUGAACUAAAGAAAUCCUAUCAGGAGGCUGGAUUUGUGUUUUGCCCAAUAGUCCCUUAUUGUCCAGAAGAUGCUGGUACAAGCAGUCAAUAAAGGGUAACUCACGGUACACAAGCUUCUACAGUAUGAGAAUCCAACAUGAUCCGAUUGUUCAGUGAAAGGCAGGAAAAGUUGGACUAUAUAUUAUACCAUACAUUGUAAGGUACUUUUAUAAAAUAAAGACUAUUAUCAAGGAUGA